AUGAGAGCUUUCUUGCUCCCCAGCCAUCUUGGCAGCUGCUCGAAAAAGUCACUGGAGUUGAUCAACUCUAGGCUCCAACUCGUUAUGAAAAGUGGAAAGUACACGCUGGGGUACAAGCAGACUCUGAAAAUGAUCAGACAAGGCAAAGCGAAACUGGUCAGCCUCGCCAACGACUGCCCAGCCUUGAGGAAAUCUGAAAUAGAGUAUUAUGCCAUGUUGGCCAAAACUGGUGUCCAUCACCACACCGGCAAUAAUAUUGAAUUGGGCACAGCGUGUGGAAAAUACUACAGAGUAUGCACACUGGCUAUCAUUGAUCCAGGUGAUUCUGUUAUCAUUAGAAGCAUGCCAGAACAGACUGGUGAAAAGUAAAUCAUGCACAAUCUUUCUUUAAUAAAA